AUGAAACGUUCACUGGAUUUUGUUGUGAAUUCUCUUUCAGUGAAGAGGAAGAAAGCCGUUCUGUCAGACAGUGAUGAAGAUGAGGAGAAAGAGGUGAAGAAGAGCAGGCUGGUGUCUGAUGAUGAAGACUCUGGCAGUGACGAAGGCUUUGGAGCUCCUGAUAAGAGUUUAGCAGCUAAACUGAAGGAGCUGGGCUCAGACAGCGAGGAUGAGGAGGACACGAUGAAGACGGAUGCAGGGAAGAAGGACGAGAAGACUCUGUUCGGCAGCGACAGCGACUCCGACGACGACGAGGAAGAGAAAAUGAUUGCAGACAUCUUUGGAGAGUCCGGCGAAGAGGAAGAGGAGGAGUUUACGGGCUUCAAUCAAGAGGAGCUGGAGGCCGAGCGGUCGCAGACUCAGGCGUCGGGGCUGAAGGGAGCGGAGAUCGACUCUGAUUCAGACGACGAUGUGGACAGAGGAGGAAAAGACAUGUCCUUCAUGUCAGACUUUGACAUCAUGCUGGCCCGUAAGAAAGCCCAGAGCGGCAAACGCAGACACAAUCGAGAUGGAGGGACGUUCAUCAGUGACGCCGAUGAUGUCGUGAGCGCCAUGGUCAUCAAAAUGUCAGAAGCAGCAGAGGAGGACCGGAGUCUGAACAGCAAGAAGAAACCGGCUCUGAAGAAGCUCAUGCUGCUGCCCACGGUGGUGAUACAUCUAAAGAAGCAGGAUCUGAAGGACACGUUCAUAGACAGCGGUGUGAUGACGGCCAUAAAGGAAUGGAUCAGUCCUCUCCCGGAUAAGAGUCUGCCAGCGCUCAAGAUACGAGAGGAACUCCUCAAGAUCCUGCAGGAACUGCCCAGCGUGAGUCAGGAGACACUGAAGCUCAGUGGAAUCGGCCGAGCCGUCAUGUACCUCUACAAACACCCGAAAGAGUCUCGACCGAACAAAGACCUCGCACUCAAACUCAUCAACGAGUGGUCGCGGCCCAUCUUCGGUUUAUCGUCCAACUACAAGGGAAUGACACGAGAAGAGAGAGAGCAGAGAGACCUGGACCAGCAGAUCGCCCCGCGCAGACGCCUCAGUUCAGGAGGACAGACUCCUCGCAGAGAUCUGGAGAAAGUGCUCACCGGAGAGGAGAAGGCGUUACGACCGGGUGACCCGGGCUUCUGUGCUCGAGCUCGUGUGCCCAUGCCCUCCAAUAAGGACUAUGUGGUUCGGCCCAAAUGGAACGUGGAUGGGGACUCAAACCGGGCUCUGCUGAAGAAGGGUUUGUCGCGAGUAGAUAAACAGAUGCGGCGUUUCGCGGAUAUCAAGCGUCUGACGAAGACGGGUCACGCGGUGAAGAUCAGCGUGGAGGGGAACCGCAUGCCGCUCUGACGGCUCUCUUGUGUUUGUCUGUCAGUCCUCGAUUCUCCAGCGGUUCCCAUAAUGCCGUGCGUGUUCAGCGGAGCUGCGUUCGCUCAUCUGGGAACGUUUUGCAGUUUUGGUUCUGAUGUAUCUUUCAUAAUAAAGAGUUUCCAUGUCCGAUAUUUUACUCAUGUUCUCCUGGCCUUUUCUUUUUA